GGGGUAGGGGAGGGGACGUGGCGUAGUGGCGUUGAGGAGGGCGCCACUUAGUGUUGGGACCUUCUCGGUGGUCACCUCCGCUCCUGGGACUCGGGUUACGCGGCGGCCGCCUUCACGCCGGGCCGGCCAGCGGUGUUGGAUGGAGCGAGCCAUGCCGCAAGCGGUGCCUCUGGGUCAGAUGGAAGUAUUUCAGGCCCUGCAGCGGCUGCACAUGAUCAUUUUCUCCCAGAAUGUCUCACCCUGUGGGAAGUUCCUGGCAGCUGGCAACAAUUACGGGCAGAUAGCCAUCUUUAGCUUGUCUGCUGCUUUGAGCUCUGAGGCCAAAGAGGAAAGUAAGAAGCCCAUGGUGACCUUCCAAGCCCACGAUGGACCCGUCUACAGCAUGGUCUCCACUGAUCGACAUCUGCUCAGUGCUGGGGAUGGGGAGGUGAAGGCCUGGCUUUGGGCAGAGAUCCUUAAGAAGGGCUGUAAGGAGCUGUGGCGUCGUCAGCCCCCAUACAGGACCAGUCUGGAAGUACCUGAGAUCAAUGCUUUGCUUCUCGUCCCCAAGGAGAAUUCCCUCAUCCUGGCGGGGGGAGACUGUCAGCUGCAUACGAUGGACCUUGAGACGGGGACCUUCACGCGGGCCCUCUGGGGCCACACGGACUAUAUCCACUGCCUGGCACUGCGGGAGCGGAGCCCCGAGGUGCUGUCAGGUGGCGAGGAUGGGGCCGUGCGGCUUUGGGACCUCCGCACGGCCAAGGAGGUCCAGACGAUUGAGGUCUACAAGCACGAGGAGUGCUCGAGGCCCCACAAUGGGCGCUGGAUUGGAUGUUUGGCAACUGACUCCGACUGGAUGGUCUGUGGAGGUGGCCCAGCACUAACCCUCUGGCACCUUCGAUCCUCCACACCCACCACCAUCUUCCCCAUGCGGGCACCACAGAAACACGUUACCUUCUACCAGGACCUGAUUCUAUCAGCUGGACAGGGUCGCUGUGUCAAUCAGUGGCAGCUGAGCGGGGAGCUCAAGGCCCAGGUGCCUGGCUCCUCCCCAGGGCUGCUAAGCCUCAGCCUCAACCAGCAACCAGCAGCCCCUGAGUGCAAGGUCCUGACAGCCGCAGGCAACAGCUGCAGGGUGGAUGUCUUUACCAAUCUGGGCUACCGAGCUUUCUCCCUGUCCUUCUGACCUCCAGCAACACCCCCACCUCCAUCUCAGGGGUUUGGAGUGGUUUGUUUUUUUCUUUUUUUUAUACUAAUAAAAUUUUGGGCUUUU